AUGGUGACUUUGAGGAAACAAUAUGUGGUGGCCAGACCUGUGUACUCAGAGGACAGCUUUAAUGUAGAUUAUGAGAAAAUCCACAGGCAGCGCAAAACCACCCUGGACCAUGUGAAAGAGUAUCUGACCUGUGAUUCAAAACGUGUCAAGAAAGCAGUCCUCUCUCUUCUGCCCAUCAUUGGCUGGAUGAGGAUCUACAGAGUUAAAGAGUGGCUGCUGGGUGAUGUGGUGUCCGGUAUCAGCACUGGAAUGGUAGCCAUUAUGCAAGGACUGGCCUUCUCUCUGCUGGCCUCGCUGCCUGCGAGCUACGGCCUCUACACAGCUUUCUUUCCCAUGCUAAUAUACUUCUUCCUCGGUACUUCAAGACACAUAUCUGUAGGCUCCUUCCCAGUCUUGAGCCUGAUGGUGGGAGCUGUGGUAGUCCGUCUGGUUCCAGAUGAAGGACCACCUGCCAACAUCACUGACUUUGAGGGCCUGGACCGAGACCAACAGAGAGUCCUGGUGGCUUCCUCUGUGACCUUCCUAAUGGGGAUUUUCCAGCUUGCCAUGGGUGUUCUGCAGGUGGGCUUUAUUGUUGUGUACCUGUCUGACACUCUUGUGGCCGGCUUCACCACAGCAGCUGCUGUCCACAUUCUGGUGUCCCAGCUCAAGUUUGUGUUAGGGUAUAAUGUUAAAAGCUUCACUGGUCCAUUCUCCAUAAUUUGGAGCUUGGAGGCAAUCUUUGUCAAAAUCACCUCCACCAACAUCUGUGACCUCGUGAUGUCUAUAGUGAUCAUGGUGGUGGUGUUCAUUGUGAAGGAGCUCAAUGACAGAUACAAAGCCAAGCUACCUGUUCCCAUCCCCAUUGAGGUUAUCAUGACUAUCAUAGCAUGUGGCGUGUCCUUUGGCUUCAACUUCGAGACAAGAUUUGGUGUUGACGUUGUUGGCAAAAUGGUUAGCGGGUAUGAGUCUCCCUUGCCUCCCAAUAUGGAAGUCUUUGAGGAGAGCGCUGUGGAGGCCUUUCCUAUAGCCAUAGUGGGGUUUGCUGUUGCCUUCUCUGUGGCCAAAGUCUACUCUAUCAAACAUGACUACACCAUUGAUGGGAAUCAGGAGCUCAUUGCCUUUGGUGUUAGCAACAUAUUUGGUGCAAGUUUCAGGUCUUUUGCAGCCAGCACAGCACUAUCCAGGACAGCUGUGCAGGAGAGCUCAGGAGGCAAAACACAGCUUGCAGGGCUGAUCUCAGCCAUGAUGGCGAUGAUUGUAACUGUGGCACUCGGCUUCCUGCUGGAGCCACUUCCCAAGUCUGUCCUGGGCGCCUUAGUCAUUGUGAACCUGAAGGGCAUGCUGAUGCAGUUCAGAGAAAUCCCAUACUUGUGGAGGAGGGACAUACCAGAAUGUGUGGUGUGGGUGGGAACAUGUCUAGGUGCCAUCCUGCUGGGACUGGAUCUGGGUCUGGCGGUGGGCUUGGGGGUGGAGCUGCUCACUGUCGUCUUCAGGACUCAAUUCCCCCGCUGUUCUGUCUUAGCUAACAUCCCAGGGACUGACCUCUACAAAGAUUGCAAAGAUUAUCUACAUAUUUUUCAACCAAAGGGUGUAAAAGUCUUCAGGAUACCCUCACCUAUCUUCUUUGCAAAUAUUGAUUUCUUCAGGAACAAGCUUGCAGAAGCUGUUGGGUUUAGCCCCAUUAGGGUUUUGAGGAAGAGAAACAAGGCUCUCAUGAAACUCAAGAAACUGUGGCAGAAAACGGAUGACAACAUUGCAGAGGAAGGCUGGAGGGGCUCAUACCGCCACACAGCUGAUGAGUAUUGCAUGAAAGGUGAGGAGUUGGAUCAGCCCACUGACUUCAAGGACCUUCCUUUCCGGAUGGACUGGAACGCUGAACUUCCCGCGCACAUCAGUGUUCCCAGAGUGGACCUCCACAGCCUGAUCCUGGACUUCUCUGCUGUCUCCUUCCUAGACAUCUCUGCUCUGAAGGGACUCAAAACGGCACUCAAAGAGUUCAUCCGUAUUGAUGUGGAUGUCUACAUUGUUUCUUGUGAUGUGUACAUCCUGGAGAAACUACACAGCUGUAUGUUCUUCGAUGAGGAGAUUCUGACCUCCAUGUUCUUCCUGACCCUUCAUGACGCCAUGCUGCAUGUACUUGAAAAACACAAGGAGGACAAAGGUAGAAGCUGGUUGUUAUCAGAUACCAAACUCUAGAAGAGGAACUGUCUCCAGGAACAUCCUUCAGAAAAAGACCAUUCAACCACUAACUACAUAUAAUUUCUGUUAAAUAUACUGUACCAUAUAAUUUACUGUACUCACAAUACCACUACUACAGCAAAAUUAAGAAAACAAAGAUUUUGUAUAUUGAGUAAGUUUUAUUUUGAAAUACUCGACAAAGUCUAUUAAAGUUCAUCAUGUGAUUUUAUAGUUGAUCCAGUUGUCACAUGACCUGUUACUACUGUAGUGUCCUUUUUUGCACUCUUCCUUUUAGUAGUGCAAUAUUUCCUAAAGAUUAAACAAGCAU